CCACGUAGCCACGUAGUAUCAGAGUAAACUCUACGUAGCGUACGUACAGCAUUGGUACGUGCCAAGUUGCAUGGUACGUGCAGUGUCGCCAGUGUUCUCUGUUGUCGUUUAUUCUUAACCUGCCCGUGUGUUGACCCGUGUUUAAAAAUCUUUUGGACCGGAGGUGCCUGACUCAGCUUCAGUGUGGUUUGUGAGGAAACACUCGACUUGGAAAGUAAUACCACUAAGUUAUAAACGGGUCACCUAACAGCUAGGGAAGAGCUUGGUGGACCUGGUGACCUUCCCCGACACCUGGGUGGGUGUGUGUCUGACUUCUUGAUUACAUCUGGCCAGAGGACUGACAUAUGACCCAGUAUGUCAGCUACGUAACAGCAGUACCGAGCAGGGCCCUCACUCAACACUUUUAAUUGGACAUGUAAUUGAGUUUAUGGUUGUGUGUUCACUUAUAAGAAUGACUCGCCGCUCAGUGGUUAACUUGGUGUGCCUUUGGAAUCGAGCUGGCAGCCUGCUGCAUGGAAACUCCCUUCGCCCCAUCCACACUUCAAUAUGCAACACCUCAUCGCAGCCAAAAGCUGGAUUCAAACCGGAAAAGGUAGCAGUGGUUACAAAGACUACGCGAUAUGAGUUUGAACAGCAGCGGUAUCGCUACGCAGGGCUGUCUGAAGAGGACUUAAAACAGCUGCUUGCUAUGAAGGGCUCCAGCUACAGCGGCCUGCUGGAAAGACACAGCAUCCACACUAACAAUGUGGAACAUAUUGUGAAGAGCCUGCGGAGAGAAGACAUUGAGGUACGAGUUGUGAAGAGAGGAGAAUAUGAUGAAGAAGUGGUGCGAUGGGCAGAUGCCAUUAUCUCUGCUGGAGGUGAUGGGACAAUGCUACUUGUUGCCAGUAAGGUUUUAAGCAAGGACAAACCAGUUGUUGGAGUAAACACUGACCCUGAGAGGUCAGAAGGUCAUCUAUGCCUGCCUGUGCGCUACACUCGUGCCUUCCCAGAGGCACUGGAGAAACUCUGUCGUGGUGAGUUCAGGUGGCUGUGGCGCCAGAGGAUCCGUCUGCACUUAGAGGGCACAGGAAUCAAUCCCACCCCUGUGGACCUGCACGAACAGCAGCUCAGCCUGGAGCAGCACAGCCAAGCUCACCGCAUCACCACCAUGGACAGCCAGCGGAGUACGACUCCACCACCCGUCAUGUGGACAGGAACACUACAUGAGAGCUUCUCCAAGCCUAAUCUCCUCCCUAUCAGAAGCCUGAAUGAAAUCUUCAUCGGAGAAUCUCUGUCCUCCAGCCCCUUCAGCACCACCGUGCUCGUCUCUCCAGCACUCAUCAGGGGAAUCUCUGUCCACAACAGGCUGACGUUAAAAUCCUUCAAACCCCAUGCUAACCUCUUGCUCCAUAGGGCUUCCUACUACGAGAUCUCUGUGGAUGACGGCCCGUGGGAAAAGCAGAAGAGUUCAGGACUCAGCAUUUGCACAGGAACAGGAUCCAAAGCCUGGUCCUAUAACAUCAACAAACUUGUUGAACAAGCUGUGGAGGAGGUGCUAAAAAUCGGAAAGUCCCAAACAGGUCUUGAUAUCCCACUUGAUCGUGACUUUAUUGAAAAGGUUACUGAUGAAUACAACGAGUCUCUGGUGUUCAGUCCAGACGACAGGCGUUUGUUCUACAGCAUCAGGGAGCCCAUCGUCAACAGAGUCUUCUCCAGCAGUCGGCAGAGAGGCUUCGCCAGCAAGGUGUGUGUCCGCUCACGGUGUUGGGAUGCCUGCAUGGUGGUCGACGGUGGGACUUCAUUCGAGUUCAACGACGGUGCUAUCGCUACAAUCAGCAUGAGUGAGGAGGACCAGCUCCGGACAGUCCUCCUUGAAAACUGAGAUGAGUCCAGAGCACACGACACUUGACUGGUUUCCCUCCAGCCAACAGUGUUAAAAGGGAAGUACCAGUUUUUAGCGUGUAGCCUCCACAGGUGGUGAAUAUUUUUAUACCUGGAAAAAAAAAAGUAUCACUGUUACUAUUAAAUGUGUGCAUUGUGCCUUUUUUCAAGUUAAUUCUUUCCAAAUCACAUUUUCUUUUCUUUUACUUUUUAAUCCCCACCCCACUAUCCGCAGGUUAUAACAGGUUAUAACAGGUUAUAAUCCACUGGGUUAUAAUGGCUGCAGUCUGUGUCGCAGAUACUGUGUCAAGCAGCAUUUAAAGUAUUUUACUCUUGACUGUCUCUCGCUACAUCAGAUCAGCAGUGAGUUUCUGAGCAGCAGAAGCUGAACGAUCAGGAGGAGGGCUUAUGUUGAGAGAAAGCUCAUGCAUUUAUUAAUAUCCAUUUUUAAUGCAUCUAUUUGAGAUUAGAUUUUGGUCCCUUUUUGGCAGAGCAGUGACUUCUGUCUGAUACUUUGCCGUGAUGAUGGUGCAUGUCUAUUUGGGGAUCUGAUUGAAAUGGACAGAUUGUGAUGUGCCUUCACAUCUGUGUCGCCUGUUAAUGACUUAAAGGAUAAGAAUUAAGUUCUUCUACAUUUUUUUAAUUUCAAUUUUUUUAUUGUCAACAAAUCUCCAUUAGUCCGACUCACUACUUUCUGACUUCCCACUCAGCCCCAAGCCCACUGGUUCCUACAAAAGACAUAAGUCUAACAAAUAUAUAAUAUAUUUAAUUAUUUAAAAAGGCUCUGUGAUUUCCUCAAACAGCUGCUCGCUGUAGUUUUUAUCAGACUAACAGGAGGAAACAGAGCAUCUGUUGGGGACUAUUUCCAGCGGCGGAUGAAUCCACAUGUGGUGCUGUAGUGAGUGUUUGGGGCAGCAGGACGGUGUGUGUGGGGCUGAGUCAGAAUAAACUACAGUGUGUGUGUUCAUGGUGAUGAAGGAACAUGUCAGCCAGGGCAACAGAGCGGCUCUCUGAUGUGUUUUAACAGUUUCUGGACGACAGUGGAGGAAGAAGAUCCAUCAGCUGUGUUCACACACACUCGUUAGCAGAUACGUUCAUGAUGGUUUGGGUCUGCACAUCGGAUUUGUUGACUAUAAAAAAAUAUCACCAGACUUAUCCUUUCAGAAGUGUCAUUUGUGUGGAAAGUAUAUAAAGGCGUGUCUCUAUGGUGAACUGAAAGCACAGUGGCUGUUUGUUACUGCUUGUUUGUUGACUAAAGAUAUUUUUGGAACAUAGCUUAUAUUUUUUCUAGCUCUUUGAGCCAUUUGAGUGCUAAAAAUGAAGUUGCAGAGGAAAGAAUAAGUGCACUAAAAACAGAACUCCAUGCUUACAGGGGCAUUUUGCUCCAUGUUUUAGGUCAAGUGUCUGUCUCGUAGCCUGUCACCCUACAGGAAAGUGAGCUUUGGAAGUGCUACUGAAACAGCAGCAUGUGCCGGAGGGGGCGUGUCACAGACAGCAUAGUUUAAAUACCCGAUAUAAAGAAAUGAUUUUAAACCAUGCUUAAAGAGCUACUGCACACUUAAACGUGUUUUUUGAGCCAUAAACUAAAUGAUAUGGCUGUACUGUGAUGAAUCACAUCAGUGCUGGUGUUAUUAUGAAAAUCUACAUUUCAUGGGUUGAAAAUGUACUGUUUUAAAUCACCCUGAAUCUUGCAAGGCCAAUGCUGACAGUCAGCCGUUUGAGACUACUUUCCAAACAGUGUUAACGCCCUCUAAUCAGAGGUGGGCGGCCCACCUCCCCCUUUGAGUGGGAGUCUGUGAAACAGCGCUCAUAUUCAAAUAUAUGCAGAUCCAGAUGUCAGCAAGAGUUUAAGCUAGUUUUUGCGAACCCUCUUAGUAUUUUUCAGUUUUGGCCCAAUGGUUCGGACUUGUGCUUUUGACGGCUGUAGAAGCACCACCGGACUGCAUUCUUUCCCAUGGUGGUGGUGAUGAUGAUGAUGAUGAUGAUGAUGAUCCCAUGACACUGUUUGACCAACAUGGUGGUGUAAUUCCACAUGAGUAAAACGUUGUUGGUGCACCUUGUAACACCGCCCUCUCCUGGACUCUGAACCAGGACUAGUUUACAAAACGAUCAGGAAAUUUUAAUAUGCAGCGUGCCAAAGGCAGGGUUCCUCAAGAAGAUGUGUCAUGUUAAGGUGUGUUUUGUUUUUCAAUCAGAUAAAGUGGUAUGACAAAGAAA